AUGGAUCUCAGUAAACAGGAAAAAGAUUAUGAUAGAAAAAUUGAAUGGGAUUGCUAUCGACGAACAACUUUUAGUUUUAAUCGUGAAGAAAUUGGGGAGGACAGGAAAAAUGUGGAUGAUCUUGCGGCACUUGAUAGCAGUAAUGUUGCUGUAUACAGUGCUGCUAAGCUUGAACAAGGCCUACUGCAACAGGUUGAAAAGACAUUUACUGAAAAUGUUGCUGCCUUGGAAACUGGAGUGUCACAGAAUGCAAAUGCAGAAGGAUUGCAGAAUUUUAUAGUUAAAAAUUCACAAUCUACACUUGUAGAAAAUGGUGAUAUGACUCCUUUUGAAGUGCUUGAUAAAUCACAAAGAGAUACUUCAGAAACUCUGCUGGAAGAACUAAAAGUGGGUAAGAAGCGAAAGGCAGACAUCACAGUGCAGUUGGAAGGUGACGAACCAGUGAGUUCUACAUCCGAUAGUGAAUUUGCUCAAAGUGAAGAUGAUGGAAAUACGUCGUCUGAAAUAGAACCCGUAGUAAAAAACAAACGUUCACGAAAAGUUGUAAAGACGAAAAAAAUUGACAGGAAAGAACGAGAUGAUGCUGACGAUGAUUACUUUAAGAAAAGAAUACGGACUCAUCUUGCUCGACUGGAACUUUCAAAAAUUGAAAAUGGGGGAAAUCAAUCAAAGGAUAGUGAUUUCCACGAAUUGAAAAAUGACAUAAAAAUACCUAAGGAUUGUUGGGAAAAGCUCUACAAAGAUUGUUGGUUUUCCUAUGUCAAGUGCCAAAGUUCCAUCACGCAGUAUCAAAAAACUGGUGUAAGGUGGUUGAAUGAAUUGCAUAAUCAAUGUGUUGGUGGCAUUUUAGCUGAUGAAAUGGGUCUUGGAAAAACAGUUCAAGUGAUUUCAUUCCUAAGAGGACUAGCAUUUUCACGUUUGGAGGAUAGAGAAUUCAGCUUUUCUGGCCUUGGUCCAGUGCUAAUUAUAUGUCCAACAACACUAAUAAGACAGUGGUUGAAAGAAUUCCGUACAUGGUUCCCACUUUGUCGUGUUGCAAUUUUACACAGUAGUGGUUCUUUCCACGGUCAAAGUGCGCAGUUAAUUCGGAAAAUGGUUGUAUCACAAAGCGAUGGUAGUGUUUUGUUAACGUCAUAUGGAACAUUUGCUAAAAAUCGAAAGCACUUGAUUGACAAAGUCUGGCAUUAUAUAAUACUUGAUGAGGGGCAUAAAAUUAGAAACCCGGAUGCGCAGAUUACUCUUGCUGUGAAAGAAAUACGUACUCCUCAUAGAUUGAUUCUAAGCGGUUCACCGUUGCAAAAUUCUCUUCGAGAGUUAUGGUCAUUAAUCGAUUUCGUUUAUCCCGGUCGCCUCGGUGCUCUGAAAUCAUUCAUGGAUAAAUUUUCAAUUCCAAUCACUCAGGGAGGAUACGCAAACGCUACUGCGGUUCAAGUGCGUACCGCUUAUAAAUGUGCCUGCAUUUUGAGGGAUGCGAUCAACCCUUAUCUUUUAAGACGCUUGAAAAAGGAUGUUGAAAUGUCUAUUCAUUUACCCACGAAAACAGAACAGGUGCUUUUUUGCAAUAUUACACCAUGUCAACGUAAACUUUAUGAAGAAUAUUUAUCAUCUCGUGAGUGUGACCGUAUUUUGUGUGGUAAAAUGGAUGCAUUCGUUGGUUUAAUUACAUUACGCAAAUUGUGUAAUCAUCCAGAUCUUGUAACUGGUGGACCAAAUAAAUUUAAUGACUAUGAUGUCACUGCCGAUGAGGAAAUGGGCUUUGGAGCUCCCUGUAGAAGUGGCAAAAUGCAGGUACUUAAGGCACUCCUCAAAUUGUGGAAACGACAAGGUCAAAAAGUUCUGUUAUUUUCUCAAAGUCGACAAAUGUUAACGAUCCUGGAAAAAUUUGUGAUUCAAGAAAGAUAUGAAUAUCUGCGAAUGGAUGGCACAACAGUUGUUAGAAGCCGUCAAUUACUUGUUGAAGAAUUUAAUAAGAAUAAUAAGAUUUUCAUUUUUCUAUUAACUACUCGUGUCGGUGGACUAGGAAUCAAUCUUACUGGUGCUAAUCGAGUGGUAAUUUUUGAUCCUGACUGGAAUCCUUCUACCGAUAUUCAGGCACGAGAGCGAGCAUGGCGUAUUGGACAGGAACGUGCUGUUACUAUAUACAGAUUGUUAACCGGUGGCACCAUUGAAGAGAAAAUUUAUCAUAGACAAAUUUUUAAAGUUUUCCUGUCAAAUCGUAUAUUGGUUGAUCCGAGACAACGAAGAUUCUUCAAAACCAACGAGUUACAUGAAUUAUUCUGUUUAGGUGAUAGCAAACUACUCAAAAAGGAAGGCACUGAAACAGCUGCAAUUUUAAAGAGCACUACAAGAAAUUUUACUCGACAUAAUUUCUUCGAUAAAAAUGAGAAGGAUCGUGAGAAGAAACAAAACGAAGUGGAGCAACGAAAAAAACUUGACACAAAGGCAACAUUUAAUGAUGAUAAUGAUGAUGAUGUUGGUGAUGACACGAAAGCUUUUAUCGAGGAACAUUUAUCAGCUGAAAAAGUUAGCGAAUUACGAGAACUUGCUCGGAAAAUUAGCAGGUCAAUUAGAAAAUGCGCUGAAGCAAGAAAAAGUGGUGCAAGAGAAAAAAAGAGCGGCAAGCAGAGAAAUAAGACGGAUGAUGAAAGUUCAGAUAUUAAAAUUCCUUAUUUGCGAAAAAAACGACGUUAUAAACAAGCAACAAACGAAUUUUCUGGACAGGACGAUUAUGUACUUGGAAAAUUGCUAACAAAUGCGGGGAUUAUCUCAGCUCUUCAACAUGAUCAAAUUUUUGCAACAGGUGUUGUAGAUGAGCAGCUAAUUGAAGAUGAAGCAAAUGUUGUCGCUGCAAAAGCUGCUGCAUCACUAAGACGCUCGAGAAGGAUGUUUUCAAAACAAUCUUUCGAAAAACCACGAUUCGGUUUGCGGAAAGCUGCUGGAUUUCAAUCAGCUAUUGAAAACGAUUACGAUGAUACAGAGAAACCGAGUUUUAGUGGUGCAGCACUAUUAAAUGAAAAUAAUGGAAAUAACAGUGGUGGAAGUUUGCUGGAUGCUAUUCGUCAGAGGAAACAACGCAUGCUGGAUAUCCAAAAAACAACCGAUGAGGAACAUUUGGAAGAACACUAUCCUUCAUUUUUCAAUCCAGCUGAGGCAUCAGAUGUGAAAAAAGAGGAUAAAUAUGACAAAUUGGCAGAAGAUAUUCGUUUAUUUAUGGUUCGUAGGAAAGGACAAGCGUUGACAGAUGAAAUUUUGCAGAGUUUUAAGAAUCAUGUAUCAGUUGAAGACUCGUUUGCAUUUCGAUCCAUUUUAAAGCGUUUGUGUAUAUUGCAGAAAAACUCAAACUUAUGGGUGCUUAGGGAUGAAUAUCAAUAA